UCUUGCCCUGACUUUCUUCUAAUUCUCCUGAGCGUGAUAUUCCCGCCACUGGGCGCGCUGCUGCGGCGCGGGUGCGGGGCGGACUUCCUCAUAAACAUUGGUCUGACAAUGCUGGGGUACAUUCCGGGUCUAAUUCACGCAUGGUACCUGAUCUGCAAGUAC